GACCAGUGGUUCAUUGUUUGGCUAAUUCACACUUGACUUUCUCUCCUUCUCGAAUCUCCCUAUCCCUAUAUAUAUAAAGGCAAAUUUUCCUUUCCCUCUCACAACCCAACUGAGAAGAGAAACAUAUAUACGUAUUCAUUAGCUACAAAUCUUUCUUUCUUUGUGAUAAUAAUAAUUACCCAUCAAACAAAAAAUGGCCGAGGAAGUGAGCAACAAGCAAGUGGUAUUGAAGAACUACGUAACUGGGUUCCCAGAAGAGUCUGACAUGGAAAUAAUCACUUCUUCUAUAAAGCUUCAGGUACCAGAAGGCACUACAGAUGCGGUUUUGGUGAAGAAUCUUUACUUGUCUUGUGAUCCUUACAUGCGUGGCCGCAUGACCAAGCGUGACUCUCCUUCUUUUGUUUCUUCCUUUGAACCAGGAAAGCCUCUUGGUGGAUAUGGAGUGGUAAAAGUUUUGGAGUCUACACAUCCAAAUUACAAGAAAGGAGACUUGGCUUGGGGUUUUACUGGCUGGGAAGAGUAUAGUGUCAUUGUAUCUCCAAAGCUUUUAAUUAAGAUUGAACAUACUGAUCUGCCUCUUUCCUACUAUACUGGAAUUCUAGGCAUGCAUGGUGUGACUGCAUAUGCUGGUUUUUUUGAGGUCUGCUCUCCCAAGAAAGGAGAGUUUGUCUAUGUAUCAGCAGCAUCUGGUGCAGUUGGUCAGCUUGUUGGGCAAUUUGCAAAAGUAUCAGGUUGUUAUGUUGUUGGAAGUGCUGGAUCUAAAGAAAAGGUUGAUAUGUUGAAGAACAAGUUCGGGUUCGAUGACGCUUUCAACUACAAGGAAGAGCCAGAUCUAGAUGCAGCUCUUAAAAGGUAUUUUCCUGAAGGCAUUGAUAUUUACUUCGAAAAUGUUGGGGGGGAAAUGCUUGAUGCAGUGCUCCUCAACAUGAGGAUUCGCGGUCGAAUUGCUGUGUGUGGGAUGAUUUCUCAGUACAAUCUUGACAAGCCUGAAGGUGUGCAUAACUUGAGUGCUAUUAUCGGGAAAAGGAUCCGCAUGGAAGGGUUCUUGGCUGGCGACUUUUAUCACCUUUAUCCAAAUCUUCUAGACAUGGUUAUCCCUUACAUCAAAGAAGGAAAGAUUGUCUAUGUAGAAGAUGUAGCUGAAGGCCUUGAGAAUGCUCCCACUGCUCUAAUAGGAAUUUUCAGGGGCCGCAAUGUUGGAAAACAGUUGGUGGUCGUCGCUCGUGAAUAAUAUAUAGAUAACAUUCCCAUGUCUUGGGGAUAGAAUAUUCUCUUGAUAUUAUAUUUUAUUAGUAAUUUUGAGAGUAAUGGGUGAAACAUUAUAAUAUCUUCUACUAUAAUUUGUUAAA